UUCAUUGGAAAUUUACUUGCCUUAUCCGUAACUAACCUAACGGCCAACUCACAUAAACCAUGCACAAGAAAAUAAAACACCAUUGGAAUUACCUAUACAUAAUCCAAUCCAUAUUCUAAUUUCACAAAAAUAUUCAAUUCAAUGAAAUCUCAAUAUUUUUCUCAAACAUUCUUCUCCCUUUUCCUCUUCUUCUCCUUCUCUUUCUCUUUCUCCGAAUCUCAUUCGGCGAAAAAUUUAAUUACACCCAUUUCCGUCCCUCCUUCUCCUUCUCCCUCUCCGAACAUUCCGGUUGAAAUCCACUUAGCUUGUAAAGCCUCACGCGAUCCACCAACAUGCGAAUCCUCAUUAACGGAACCUUCACACUUUCCGUUAAAUCUAACGUCCGUACAAAUCAUCCUCUCCGCAUUGGGCGUUUCAUCUCAGAAUCUCACUAGUGUUCAAUCGAUGGUGAAGAACCUCCUAGACACCGCCGGCGCCGGCGAUGUUAAUCUCACCGUCGCCGCGAAAAAUUGUUUACAGGGAUUCGAUUAUUCGGCGUACAGGCACAAUCUGACGGCUGCCGCAUUGCCACGUGGCGAAAUCAAGGACGCUCGGGCAUGGAUGAGCGCUGGCUUAGGAUACCAAAUCGGCUGUUCGUCGAAUUUACUGAGAGUAAAUGGAACCCUUCCAGUGGCCGAAACGCUAGAGGCGAUGAAAGGUUUAAUUGGAUUUACUACUAAUGCUUUAUGGAUGAUGGUGAAUUAUGAUAUUCAUGGGAAUGAAACCGGGUCGUGGGCCCCACCCAAAACAGAGCGAGACGGGUUUUGGGAAGCCGGUUCAGGAUCCGGAUUCGGGUUCAACGGUGGGGUUCCAUUGGGUUUGACUCCGAAUGUAACGGUUUGUAAAGUUGGUGGUUGUGAUUAUAGGAUGGUGCAAGAGGCGGUGAAUGCUACCCCGGAUAAUUUGGGGUCCGGAAAGUUUGUGAUACUAAUCAAAGCCGGGUUGUAUGAUGAGAUAGUUCGGGUACCCUUGGAGAAGAGGAAUGUAGUAUUUUUGGGCGAUGGGAUGGGCAAAACUGUCAUUACUGGGUCACGGAGUGUUGGCCUAAUACCUGGAAUGACCACUUAUGAAUCUGCCACCGUUGGAGUAAGUGGUGAUGGAUUCAUGGCCAAUGGCCUAACAAUCCAAAACACAGCCGGUAUCGGUGCCGGACAAGCAGUAGCUUUCCGGUCCGAUAGUGACCUUUCCAUAAUCGAAAAUUGUGAAUUCCUCGGCAAUCAAGACACACUCUACACUCAAUCGUUGCGUCAGUACUACAAAUCAUGUCAAGUUCAGGGAAACGUAGAUUUCAUUUUUGGUAACGCAGCUGCAUUCUUCCAGGACUGUCACAUUCUAGUCACUCCUCGAUUACUCAACCCUGAAAAAGGUGAAACUAAUGCAGUAACGGCUCAUGGUAGGUUAGACCCAGGACAAUCAACAGGAUUCGUAUUUCAAAAUUGUUCCAUCAACGGAACGAAAGAAUACAUGAAUUUGUACCAUGGUAACCCCAAUGUGCACAAAAAUUACCUCGGAAGGCCUUGGAAGGAGUAUUCGAGGACGGUUUUUCUAAAUUGUAAUUUAGAGGUUUUGAUCCGCCCUGAGGGAUGGAUGCCAUGGAGUGGCGAGUUUGCUCUCGCCACGCUUUAUUAUGGUGAAUUUAAUAGUAGUGGUGAUGGAGCUAAUGUAACAGGGAGAGUGCCAUGGAGUAAUCAAAUUCCAGCUGAACAUGUUGAAUCUUACUCGGUUAGGAAUUUUAUUCAAGGUGAUAAGUGGAUACCUUCAACUUCUUGUUAAAAAGGCUCUUCUCUAGGCUUACAAUUUGUUACAAUAUUUAUACAUAAAUUUAGGGCUCGGCCCGUAUGGACAUGAUUUUAAGUCUCGAUGAUUUGAAAUCAAAUUGAUUAAUUUGAAGUUGAAAUUAUAUGUGGACGUAUAAUUUUGAUUUCUUAAGUUGUGUUUUUUAGUUAUAAACAUGAAAACCCUAUAGUUUAUGA